CCGCUUAUCUAGCGGUAACGUGAAAUUAAUCGUUUUUCUAUUGUAAUUAAUAUCAGGAGCAUGUACUAUUUAAUAAGUUAAUGUUCAUUGUAAAAUUCCCCUGUUUAAUUUAACUACUGUUAUUACUUCGACGUUGAGAAUAAAAAAAUCUCACGAAAAGAUCCAAGCGAUUCUAUCUGACAUGACAUUAGGCCAGACGCCAUGUUUGUCACGUUUUUGCCAGUUGUGAAUAAAUUUAGCCAAAAUUUCAAUUUGCAGUAGCGUCACCGCAUGUAUUUAAUUUAUUUCGCCUAAAAUUGAUGCAAGAUGAGUACUGUGUUUUCAAAAAACAAGGAAAAGCGUUCGCGUUCAUCGUCCAACGAAACUAACAAUUCAUUUGUGAGGAAUGUAACAUCAAGAGUGUCGGGGUUGUUACCCGCAACAAUCACGAAGUGGUUCAGUAGCCCCAGCUCAUCCAAUGCCAAUGGAUCCACUGCAGCUGCAGAUGCUACUGACUCCUCCACUGAAGAUGAGGCUCCAGAAAGCCCCAUCACAACAGAACCACCUCCCAAACGCAUGAAAUUUAGUACAGCGGGCAACUACAAUAAUUUUGGCUCCAGUGAUCCUAAUUGUAUUCCUGCGGGUAUUGACACUGUAGAUCACCCUCCAUAUUCAACUGUGCAGUCAGCACCUACUAGGAGCACCUUUAGAAAGGAAGCUAAUUAUGUCUCCUCUACUCCUAUAAGGGCUCCAAAUGAAGAAUCUGUUAUCGAAAGAAAUGAAAGGGAGAGCACUUUAUUGAACAAAUCACGAACUUCAGUCAUUAGUGCUGGGCCGUCUGUUGGACUAGGUAACAAGAGGAAGUCAUUAUUUAAUGCAAAUAACAAGGAAGCCUCUAUGCGAGCUUUGGAGACAACAGCUAAUAACACCAGGGUUGAUACAAAGGCCCCUUGUUUCAAGCCCGCCUUGCUUGGGUCUCCGUUCUAUCCAGGACAGACAAUGUAUGGAGGUGCUUCUACAUCUGUGUACAUCAAUCAACCAAACAUCAAGCACAAAAAGGUGGCUUUAGUAAAUGAAUCCAGUAGCAGCGAUAAUACUGCUAUUAGUCAUUCCGCACGACGUAUUCUGGACCUACUGGAGAAUUACUCCUCGCCACUGAUGGAAGCUAGGAGACUUUCUCAGAUAGUAAAUAACAGCAGUUCUAAGAACGACACAUCAAAUAGCUCAACUAUAAGUGGCUCGCCAUAUUCAAACAAAGUUAUAUCGUACAAAACCCAGGAACUUCAUGCGCCAAAUAUCGCAACUAUUUUGCGAUUGAAACAAAGAUCACGUCUAAUGGACACAACAAACGCGGCAAGGCAAAUAAUUGCAUCGCACAGCAGCACAUCGGAUUACAUCGGCCAGCCCUAUGCGUCUGUCAUCACACAUAAAGAACGAGCUGUCACAGAACCUUCCAAAAUGACAACUAAAGUGAAAAAUAGGUUGACAAGAGCCAAAAGAGGAGAGAGUGAUAUGGAGGAACAAACUAUCACUCCUGUUUCUUUACCCACAGGAGUUUUACAAAUUGAUAAAGACAACUUGCCUAAAUUCCAUUUCGAUAUUCCAGUGCCCAAACCUGCUCCUACAUCAAUGCCUACCCCCAAAUUUACAAUUGUAGGAACAGCCAAUAAAACAGAUAAAACUCCAGCUGCUGCCAAUAGUGAUGAAAUGGACUCAAGUAAGCCUAACGUUUCUAAUAAUAAUGUAUACAAAUUCUCAAGCCCUGUCAGAAUAUCAAGAGCGACUACGAUAAUUUCUAGUACUCCUCCUAAAUUUAAGUUUGGCAGUCCUGAGCGUGGUGUAGAUAAGCCUAAGUCUGAUAAUGACAAGAAAGAUCACAAUCCUUCUUAUGUUAUAGGUCUGCCUAAGGUGACCGAAAAACUACCGAUUCGCAAAUCGGCUGAUUGGAAAUGUCCAGACUGUUGGGUGUGCAAUAAGCCAGAGGUUAACAACUGUGUUUGCUGUGGAACGAAGCAGCCACCAAAAGAGGCCACUAAACCAAAGGAGACGGAAAAACCUAACGAGACAGCGCAGCCACUAAAAUGCGCCAUUUGCAAGCUGGCUGAUAGGCAGUUCAAUUCGGAGAAAUGUGUCAAUUGUGACAAGAUCAAGUUUAGUAAUAGCAUCAAAAUGAAUUUCCCGACUGCAGCAUCCUCAAAUUGGAAUUGUGCAGAUUGUUGGGUUAGUAAUGAUGAGAAAGCGGAUAAGUGCGUGUGCUGCGGUGGAAAGAAUCCCAAAAAGUCUAGUGGGCCCAGUGUUGCCUCGGGCAACGGUGAUAGCGAGUGGAAAUGUGAGGACUGUUGGAUUAAGAAUAAGAGUGGCGAUGAAAAAUGCGCUGCGUGUGGUGGCGCCCGACCUGGGGCCAAGCCAAAGACAGCACCUGAACCGCUCACCAACAAUUUCGGGUCUACACUGUUUAGAACAGACAAUUCCUUGAAGAAUAUUGCAAAAACACAAUCAGACAAAUGGGAAUGCCCCAGUUGUUUAGUGAGAAAUGAUAAUUCCACAUCCAAAUGUGUUUGCUGCGAUGAAAGUAAACCUGGCACCGUCAAAGUUUUAGAUAACCAUAAGGCGUUCAACUUCGGUUCGGUAACGGCUACAUCAUUUAAAUUUGGAAUUGACCCGAAAGCACAAGAUACUAAGGCCAGUUCUACUAAACUCCCUGAAAUUAAAUUUGGUGACGGUCUAGCUAAACCGGAAGAAUCCGAGACAAAUAACAAUGUUUACAAGAGCUCAGCAAAUCGAUUCACAUUUGGAACAUUUGCCAAAAAACCGGAAGAACAAACAGAAGUUGCCAAAGAAAACAAAGCUAAUGAGGCUCCUAAAUUGGGUUUAACAUUUGCCAUGCCAAAAACUCAGACACUAAAAGAUCCAGAUGUAAUUCCUGUGUUCGGUUCACCGAAAAAACUUGUGGAAUCUGUCCAAGAGAAAGUAAACGACGAGAAAGAGAAACCCCAAGAAGUACCUAGUCUACCUAAGGUUGAUUUCAAAUUUACACCUCCCAAAAACAAGUCUCCCAAAAAAAUUACUGGAUUAUUUGCACCGGCAUUAUCCAGCACUCCAGUGAAUCUAGACAAUACUAGUCCUGCAACAACUUUGAACACAUUAGGUAGCAAUGCCAUUUCAGAGAACAAGCCCAAUACUGUCAACUCUCUAUCGCCAAUACCUGGAGCUUCGACCCCUGAUGCAGUAGCUCCAUUCAAAUUUACAGAUAUAGGUCUGAAACCGCCUCAAAAUAUGUUUGCGGCUCCUACUUCCACUCCUCCCUCAUUCUCCAGCACAAUACAGAGCAAACCGACGACGUCGGCGAUGCCAGUGUUCCAGAAGCUCGAGCAGAAUGCUGCACCUCCAAUGUUCAUGAAUCCCAAUGCAACCACUUCAACGGUGUCAAUGUUCCAAAAGACUGAGACUAUUACGACCGCGGCUCCGCAAUCUCUGGCUGCCACUGGACCUGUAUUCAGCUUCGGAUCCAACGCCGCCCCGAGUGCAGCACUACAAUCUGACAAACCCAAGUUCAACUUUACAUUUUCAAUGAACCCUCCCCAAUUUAACAGCAAUGCAUUCAGUGCAGCACCUCAAAACUCUAACACAAACAAGUUUAGUAUUACCGGAGGUGCUUUGGGAGGGAACGGGCUACCUGCUACGAAUCCGUUGACCACGGGAAAUACUCCAACCGCUGGAAAAGUUGGAUCAGUCACUGAGUUGGCGACGAACCCGUUAUCUUCAAGGAGUGAGUUGCCAGCACCCGGGAAUUUGUUCGGAGUACCCGUACAGAAAGAAAAUCUGUGGUCAGCUAACAACAAUAGCUCAACCAAUAUGUUCGUGUCGAAUGCUUCGACUAAUUCAUUGCAGAAACCUCCGGCGUUUAGCUUUGGGUCGUCGACGCCAUUUAAUUCUUCCAAUCAAGUGGUGACAUUCGGAGGUACCGCAGCUCCCACUCAGAAUAAUCAAGUGACAGCGUUCGGCAGUAACACAGCACCCUCUCAGAAUAAUCAAGUGCCGGCAUUUGGCAGUACCGCGGCAUCUCAGAAUAAUCAGGUGACGGCGUUCGGCAGUAACACGGCACCAUCUCAGAAUAAUCCUGUACCAACAUUUGGCAGUAACACCAACGCAACGGCCUCUCAGAACAAUCCGCUGUCAGGGUUCGGAAGUACCGCAGCUCCCGCUCAAAAUAACCCGGUUGCACCGUUCGGGAGCACCGCAGCCGCUCAGAACAACGGCCCGCCGGCGUUCGGCAGCAGCGCGGCGCCCGCUCAGAAUAUGUUUGGCAUGAAUCAGAAUACGAGCGCUCAGCCGUCCAUGUUCUCGAACCCGGUGCGAAGCCCGCCCGCGCAGACCAUGUUCGGCGCUCAGCAGCCGGCCAACAACGCCGCGCCCUCGAUGAACCUCUUCGGGAGCCCCGGUGUAGGGGCGGCGCCUGCGUUCGGGACCACGAAUCCGCCUAUAGUGCCCCUCAACCCUGCGCCGGCGCCGGCCUUCAACUUCGGCGCGCCGCAGCCCAGCACAGGGGUGUUUGGGUUUGGGCAGACGGCGCAGCAAGCGCAGCCAGCGGGCGUGUACAGCUUCGGCGCCCCCGGCGGCGCCCCGCAGGUGCAGUUCGCUAUGGGCCGAGCCCCCAGCGCCGCCGGCGCGCGCCGCAUGCGCAAGGCGUUCCGCAGAAACUCACCACGAUGAAACCCAUUCCGCCGCCGCGUGGGUUGGCCGUACCAAACAAAUCCUGUCAGUAAUUAGGCAUUUGAACAGGAAUCUUAUCGCGGUAUAUUAUAUUUAUGACGGCAAUAUGUAUGCAUAAUACGUCCAAAAUGGAUUGACAGAUUAUGGUUUCCUUCAUACUAGGUCAGUGAGGUUUUUUCCUUUUCUGUUCACCUAACAGUGCGUGUAGCAUUAUCCUAAAUGUCGGUGGUUCUGUAAGGUAGUUGGCGUUGGAAAAUUGCCAAUUCUAAAUGUAUCUUUCAAGUUUCAAAUUACUGACUCGAUUUAAAGUCAUUCUGGCGGUAAAUAUGGUAGUUAAUACACUGUAACACACCACGGUAUCUGACUUGUAGUAUGCUUCUCAUUAUACUGCAUGGCACUGACAAAGAGGCUUUUAAGAAGCUCCUGUAUUAGUUAAUUUUUGGGAUAAAAUGUGUAAUUUUUCAUUUUUGAGUAAGAAGUCGUUAAUGAUAUUCCCGAAAGCCUAAAAUUCUGUAUGACAGAAAAUUAUACUUUUAGUAACAGGGUAAUUAGAAUGCUUACAAAUAGUGCUAUAUUGUCAUCAUUAUUAAAUCUCUUGGACACGUUGAAAUAAAUAUUGUGCUUCCAUUGCGAAUAUAUUUAUAUAUUUCUUAUUUUACUAAAUAAUUGUGGUACAAAAUGAACUACAUACCUGGUCACAUCAAUCACGUUGUGGUGUUUAAAAAUCUAAAGGGAUUUAUCUACUAAACUACUACACAUCUUGGGUUAAUACCUACAUGCAGACAUUGUAUUUUUCUCCUCCUGAUUAUUAUUUAUUAUAACUUCUAUCUUAAAUAAUGACAGAUGGCACAAUUGAGACAUAACAGCGGGGCUUCAUCUUAAAAAGACGAACGUAUUUUCGAUUAUCGAAAGUGAUACAUGAAGUUGAAAAUACGAUUUUCAUAGAAGCCUCAAUAAAUACGACUCAUAUUUACUUAUUAGUGUACUAUCCAUAUUAAUAUCUUGUAUCCAUAGAAAACGGUAUAUUUUAAUCGAUGUAAACUUAGUGUUAUAAAUGUAUACUGUAGUAGUGUUUAAUAGGUAUCUAUCUUUCAUACGUAUUGAAUACAAAAUCUUUCGAGUGGCUAAUAUACACGUCGAACAGUUCUUAUACACACAUCAUUCCGAUGUCGGCAAAUAGUCACAUAAUAUUAGAAGCUGGUCUGUAGUAAGAACAUUUUUGAAUACAUGUCAUAGAUUAUACUGUAAUAAUUAGUGCUGCCAGUUGUAACAAUACUAACAUACAUACAUAUUUUAAACAUAUUAGAGUUAAUAGUUUUGAAUGUGGAUUAGUUCGCCGGAUGAUGAUCCGCCUUUACUUUAGUCUAGCUCCGUAAUGAUGGCCGGAGCCUGCAGCUCGAGCGGAGGCUGUCGCGUGACUCCUCUCAGAUAUCGCCAAAGACACGUACUAUUGGUUCUGCGUCCGCGAGAGGCGACAGGCGCCAAGGCCGUUAGCGAUACACCUUAGCGAUCGAGAACGGUGACAUCUCGCUUAUAUGCCCCGUCACCAACCACCCCAUCAAAUAUAUCCCAGUACUACUCGUUUAUUAUUCAUGCCCACAUCCACGGGGCGAGAUGAAUUCGUAGCCGAGAUCUUAGUUUUUAAUGUUUUACUAUAAGUUAAGAUGUAUCUCUUCUAGUAUCAAUAAAUGUUCAGCAAAAUAUUGUAUCAGACAUGACGACGGUAUCUUUUGUAUAUUGGAUUUUUUAACUAAGUCAAACGUAAUUUAAUAAAAAAAGAGUAUUUAUACACAUCUGUUAAAUGACUGCUACGAUCUUUUGCUUAUUACGAUUUUGUAUUGUACAUAUUUAUAUUAGUUAUUACCUAUUAUACUAAUGGAUUCAUUUGUUCAUCAUUUGAAUUCU